AGAUCAGCGACUGGUCCCAAUUAGGUAUGAAGUUAAUAACAUUGGUGUUGAUCACCUUACUGGGUACUGUCUCCUGUCAAAGUACUCAAACAACCUGCAAGACAUGCGCAAAUAUGGACUGGUCCGACUCAACGAUGUUCCAAAAUGGGAUUAAAUAUGAAGAUUGGGAUCCGAGUGUGAUGCCCGAUGAACAUAAAAAUGUUGAAGGAUUCGGUAAGUGUUAAGCAAAGUUAUUCCUGUGUGAAUCAGGAAUGACUCAAUGCGGAUCUAUUCACUGGGAAAUGAGUGUGAAGAACGAAGAAGGUGGAACUGUAACUACCUUUGAAAGGGUAAAAAUAAGCAUGCUUGGCUGUUUGCCGAUGGACUCGAUGGCCACGUGCGACACAUACAUGCCUCAUUUCGUUGUUCCUGAGGGCGGAAAGAAUUCAAACUGUGUGAUAGAAAAAUGCGAUGAACCAUUGGUUGACAAUUGUGUAGAACAUGAUAGAUCGGAUAAGGAAUAUGUAUAUAAGAAAGACGACGAUAAAGACGAUGAGAAAGAUGAAGAGCCAAUCACGAGUUGUCCACACUGUGGGGAAGUGGACUUCUCUUCUGCUACAUUUUACGAUGGUGAAGGAACUGAACAGCAAAUGCCUGAAGUAGAUGUUGAGUGGAAAAAAGUCACUGGAUAUGCACUUUGUUCCGGCAGCGAUACCGUAGAACCAAAAGAGUGCGUUGCUUCAGGUUGGAGACCGAAUGUAUGCGCCAGAUUUCACUUCACAAUGGGAAUUAAAGGAGAAGACACAAACGGAGAUAAAUACGCGUUUGAAGGAACAAAAUUAGAAAUUAGGGAUUGCUUGCCUGAAGGAACUACCUGUGCGGACGUUACUGCAAAAAUUGAGAAUAUCGCGAAGGAAGGCGGCAUGGAUUUCACUUAUUCAGACUGCGAACUAGAAAUAUGCGACCGUGACGGAGAGAAUUGUAAGGUACAGGACGAUUCUCCUAAAGCAGGAGAGUGCCAUUUCCCUGAUCUCAUUUGGGGUGGGUACAAAGUCUUGGAGGGUGAGCACGAAGGAGAAAAGUAUGCCAUGUACAUGUGUCACCCACCCUUUGUAAUGACACCAAACAGGCAUUCCUUCAAGGGAUACAUGGAUGCUUACAGCAAAACUCCCAGUGAAGCAUACAUGGACAUGGCCUACACUGCUGGCUGUUAUGAAGGAUAUGCAUAUGUUCCAGAAUGCAUGGAACCCAUUGAAGGAGGCCAUUGUGGUAUUCCUAUUUACAUUGAGAACGGCCAUGCAGUUGAAGUUAUGAUGAAAGAUGAUGAAGACAAAUGGGACAAAAUGGACGAAGAUAAAGAAGGAGAUAAACCCAGUCCCAAUGCGUUUGCAUUUAAGUUUAACAUGGAUGUCGACUCAGGCUCUCAAGGCUCUGAGUACAUGGAAGAUGAGAGUAAGAUGAGUGAAGAAGAGUGGAAGUUCAUGUCAAUGAUGCCAAGGGGAGCUAGAUACGAGUGUGACGCUGACUAUGUGAUGCACCAUACCGUCAAGAAGGACUGGGGCUGGUGUCGACCAGACGGUUCUUUUGAGGUACCCCGAUGUGAGCACAAGGACACCUUUUACAAUUUAGAGUUCAGGCUCAAUAGUGGAGGUGAGAAAAAACUAGCUGGAAACGGCGGGAUUGUUCAAGCUAGGAUGAUAAUGGAAAAUGGAGAUGUAGGAGAUUGGGAGUACGCCUGUAACGAUGGUUUUAAUGACAAUGCAGCCGGAGCUAUUUGCAGAACUCUCGGAUUUAAGACUGGAGCUAAAAUACCCUCUUCCAAAAAGAUGGAUAUGAGUUUGGAUUCGAUGAGUAAUGGUGGUUUUGGAUGGACACACUUCAGUUGUGAUCACGACGACACACUUCCACAAAGUAUGGGUUGUCGGGCAAUAAAAUACGAAGAAGUUAAACAGUCGAAGGAACAUGCAAUGAAAUGGCACUGCUUUGAUUUUGAAAAAAUGGCAGUGAGAUGUUUCGACCACAGAAUGUUCAACGUGGAAGUGGAUUUGGAAAUGUCUAAGAGGAGGGCCACAUGUGGUGUUCAGGCACAGAAAAAAGAAGUCCACAUGCAACUGAACCAUCUGGGCGAAGAAGUAAGUGUGACGUGGAUGUUGGACGAUGUGGAGACAGAGUUACCCACCAAAUCCAACAAAAGGAGAGGAUUCAUGGUCAGGGGUAAAGAUCUCAACAAUAAGGAUUUUAAGUGCAUAGGAUGCCAGAUUCAUAUGGGAAGAGACAAGGUCUUGUUAGGAGAAGCCAAGGUCUGCGAGGAGGACUCCGACUAGAAACAUGAACUCGCCAUCUCAUGGUGACGUCUUGAGGACUUGAUCGGACUGUUUUGAUUCAAAAUGUGACAAUGUCAGUGCAUGUAUCUAGUAAUGAAUAAGUGGUAUAAAUAAUUUAUAAUUAUUAGUUAUUAGUUAUUAUUGGUUUUUAGUUAUUAAUUAUUAAUUAUCAGUUAGCUUCAUGUUGAGCAUAUGUUAACCUGUAAGUAAUAAUUAAUUAAUUUCACUUUAAAUCAUUCACCUUUUCCUAUAGAUAUAAUUGUAUGUUUAUAUUUUAGAUUGUAUUGAAAUGUUAUGAACCAUUGAAGAAAGCGAAUAUUCUCCCUUGUCUAAUGAAAUUAUAAGUAUAACUUGUUGGUCUAAAUUGGCUCUCCACAGAGGCAACAUAUAAUUGUGGAUAUGUAAUGGCUAAUAGUUAUACCGAACUUUUUCACACCAUCUGCCGCUAUUAAUUUUAUCAGAUUUGUA